AUGCAAUCAAUUAUUAAUUAUUGGUCACCAACUAAUAUUGAAAGUUUACCAAAUGAAAUUUUAUUAAAUUCAAAAUUAGAUACAGAUUUAUAUGAAUUAGUUAAAAGAAAAUUAAUUCCAUUAGCAUUAGAAUUCAGUCUCAAUGGUCGACUAUUUGCUCUGAUGAUGGUAAAAGGUAAAAUAAUAAAAAUAUUCGAUGAACAUCUUGAUGUAUACAAACAAUUACAUGAACGUUUACAAAUAAGACAACAAGAAAACGAAGAAAAAAAAUCAAAUAUGAAUAUAUUAAAUAAUGUUGAAUAUUCAAGACGGUUAACUAUUGAAAAAGAUUUAGAAAAAAAUUCUUCUAUUUAUUCAUUGAUCAAUCUUCGAUUUGAUUCAUCAAGAACUUGUCUUUUUUUAUUCAACUUUAUAUACAAUCGAAGUGAAUAUGAUAAUGAUUGCGAUGUUUAUAAUGAAAAACCAACUCGCGAAGAAAUUUUAGCAGCAACAGGAGACCAAGCUUUAUCAUCAUUGUCUCAAUCAGCAAUAAUUCAUACAACAUGUGGUGAUAUUCAUGUUCGUUUAUUUCCUGAAUAUGUUCAAAAACCUUGUGAAAAUUUUAUUCGACAUUCAAAACAAUCUUAUUAUAAUGGUUGUAUAUUUCAUUGUGUUAUUAAACAAUCUAUGAUUCAAACAGGUGGUCAAUCAAUAUGGAGAAAAAAAUUUCAAGAUGAAUUUCAUCCACAAUUAAAACACGAUCGUCUAUAUACACUCUCAAUGGUAAAUGCAGGACCCAAUACAAAUGGUUCACAAUUUUUUAUAACUGUUGUUACAUCGCCAUGGCUUGAUAAUAAACAUAGUAUUUUUGGAAGAGUUUCAAAAUGA